UCUUCUUCUAGGAUAUCUCUCUAUUUUCACGUAAUCCAGGCCGACCACUUUUCAUCUUUACACAUAGGACUAGGAGACCGCAGAACAUUAUUUCUCCACCAUCGUAAUGUUACUAUAUUUUUCAACACCCGAAAACUCAGUAGGUACGAUGUUACAGAUUGUCUUAGUUCAGCCAUUCCGUAGAAGAUCUGGAAGAUGGUGUAAAACGUCACAGGAAAUAAAGAUUGACAAGGAUGAGCUUCCUGAUCGUGAUGUUGUGAGCGCCAGCAUGGGUCGUUAGCUGCUAGAUCCUAGCGUGCGGUGCAGUGCCGCCAAGGCCUUUUCGGGAGGCGGUGCUUGAUGUCCUCCUCCGGGGAUUAUAUGUCCUUAAUCAAGAAGAAGAAAAAAGCCAAGAACCGCCUGAAUAAGACAAUAACCUGAAACUCCACCCUCGUCUGAAGCAACCCCAGCGGGGGUUGUGGUGCUCUUUUGCGGCCGAUACGGAAUCGUCCGUCGGUCGUGUGAGAACGAAGCACAAGGCUCACAGAAGGCGAACGACGUUCCUUUGGGGAGAUAAACCGCUCGCUCCUCCUCGUCCUCUUGGACAGAGUGAAGAAUCUCACAUCAACGUAGAAGUCGUCGUACGACGAGAUCUGGUAAGUAGUUUCUCCUGUCCUUGAUUUCAGACUCGCUUUUGGGGACGUCGUCCAGGACGACUACUUCCAUCCCCAGCAAGAUGCCGAUGUUUAAACAAAUGCUGUUUGGCAGCGGGGACGAGCACCAGAGCCCAAACACGGACGACAACGAGCUGACCAACGAAGACAUUUUAAAGAACCUCCUGGAGGAGAAGGAAACGGAGAUUAAGGACUUGAGGCAUCGCGUGCAGGCCCUCAUGGAUGCCAUGCACAAAGAUUCCCCGCGUGGGGAAGGGAAGACCGACGGUGGAGCCACCGAUUUUCUCACGGAAAACGUGGCGCUGAGGUACUAAAAAGUGUACUCUAGUAGCGUUUAAAAGUUCUUGCAUAGUAUCUUUCGGCAACAUUGACGAAACGAAUGAAAUGUGAUGUGCGAUGUUUUGUACUGUAAUUCUUGGCCUGUUGCUUAUUUGACUGCCUAUGGCGCUGGCGCACUCGCACACGAUACUUACGAGGCACGAAGACCAUUUUCACGCAUGCGUCACGUCAACCAAAACAGGGAAGCCCUGGCGCAGGCCCAACAGCAACUUUCUGAGGUUGUCAUGGGGACAAGCGAUAGGAGCGCCCCCGGAGUGGACAAUAGUGAGGCGAUGAAGCAGGUCACAUACUGGAAGGGAAAAUGGGAAGAGAAGGAACAAGAGGUACUUACGUAAAUUUCUACAUGCUGUUUCUUGAUCACGACAGUAACACUUUCACUCCUGCGGCUGCUGUGUUUUAACUCUUUUUGCUUUAAGUAUACUUACUCGAAACUCGAAUACCGACCCAGGGGUAGUUGUUUCUAUCAGUCCCGUUAUCUUCGAAAAACAUAAAAAACCAUCAGAACGUCCGCCUUCUGUCCGAGAAUACGGAUUUCCAGGCCCAAAUUCAAUCCCUUCAAGCAGAAAACGCCCAGCUUCGCGACUCCGAGCAACGGGCAGUUGCAGCGCUUGAAGCGGCCCAAGCCGCGGCUGCGACUGCAGCCGUUGCCGUGCCGGACAGGGCAGAGGUUCCCACCGUAACAAGUGCGGCCGCUCCUUCCAAGAAGCAAGAUGACAAUGACGUGGACGGCUGGGGCGAUAUUGACGAUGACGAAGAUUUGCUCGCAGCAGCAGCGACCGAGAGCGACAUCAACAAGAAGCAUUUUCAAGCAGCGCUCGGGAAGGAGCCGAAAAACGCGGCCGACAUCCGUUCCGAGGAAAUCGAGAAGUUGACCGCGCAACUGGACAUCCGCUCCGCCGAAGCCGUAUGCAUUGCAAAAGUAUCGUACUCGUAGAAAUGCAUGACAAAUUUCCUUAGCAUGAGAAAUAAAAUUUGUAAUGCUGAUUUACCUGAUCCUGAACAAAAAGAUUUGUAAUGCCUGAUUGCAAUACGAGUACGAUACUUUUGCACAGGAUAAGCCGAGGAGCUGCGGAUCGCUGCCUCGAACUUUCUGGAACAGAUAUCAAAUGCAAAAAUGUCUGGGUCUGGAAGAUUGCAACUUCAACUUGUCAUGCUAAAUUUGCAGCAUGCAAAAAUCUGUGUUGCAUGAUUACCAAAAGUCGCCCAGUUUUCUUUGACCAAGUCGGGAGGUAGUUUCUCAUGCAGGAUAGGCAUUAAUAAGGUCUCGCAGAGUCUGUCAUGCUAGGUCCUGCAUUCCAGACCUCAUGGGUCAUGACAAGUCUCGAAUCCUUCCAGACCCAGACAUUUUUACAGUUGAUAACAAAAGAGGGACUACGAAAGCACGAUCAGCGAUCUGCAGCGGAAGCUGCAGGGCGAUGGGGCGCAGAAGCAGGAGAUCGCGAACCUGCAGAGCAACGUGGAACUGCUAGAGUUGGAAAACGGUAAUUUGAACAAAGAGAACACAGAGCUACGAAAAGAGGUGAAACGACUGGAAAGCGAACAGAAGGAGGUUGGUGGUCGUGUUGUAGCAGCAGCGGCCACGACGACCGCAGCCACCGUUAAUGUAGUUCCACCUGCACACCAGCCCCCAGUUCCGCGCAAGGAUUUGUACGUUGCCAAAACCGCGAUUGAGCUGGACCAGUUUUCGAUGGAGGAACUCCGGGAAGAGUUCGAGGAAGUGCAGGAGAUUCUGGAGAUUGAGCAGGGCGCGACCGACAAACUCCGGGCGGAAAUCGCGGAUCUGCAAAACCGGCUUGUGGUUCUCGCAGCUGCUCCUUCGACGACCGCCGCGACUAGUUCUUCCAGCCCCUCGAAGUCCUCGAAUAUAUCCGGCGGUGGAAAUACCAGUAACAACGCGAGCGGUUUAUCCUUUGCGCAGGAAAUGGAGAUGCAAAAGUUAAAAUCGGAUUUGACGGAGGAGAAAAAGAAGAACACCGAGUUGAUCCGACAACUGAAUCUGCUCGAAGAGGAGGUGGAAAAGAGGGCGCAGGAGGUCCGGAGCCUGUCCAAAAGCAACCCGCCGAGUCCGAGCCACGCGACGGGAGGCGUUGCAAAUGGUGCAACUUCGUCCACCGACCAAGUUUCGACCACAGGAGCAGGUGCAAACGCGAAGCAGCCACGGGUGUCCGAGGAUGGCUGGGGCGACGAUGCCUGGGGAGAUGAUGACGAUGAAGACGCUUGGGGGGACGACAAUGUCGACGUAGCUCCGGUUGUAGCAGGUGCGGGUUCAUCUUCGGGCGCAAAACCUGCUGCAACUGUGCCAGCAGCACACGACCAGGAGCCAGCUGCCGCAAUACAAAACCCGAAUGAUCUUCCUGUAACGUCGUCGAUGCAACAAGCGUCAGACGGCGAUGGUUGGGGUGACGAUGACGACGCGUUUCCCUUCGAAGACGAGGACAAAACGGCCAAGGCGGUGCUGGAGACCUUCAACAUUGCGAGUCCGGAGGAGGGUAACACGCCGUUGGGAAGUGCGACGGGUGCGGACGUGGGCAAAAUGCUGGCCGGAAUGGUGAAGGUGGAGGAGCUGCAGGUCGUGCAGCUGGAUUUGGAAGAGCAAAGGAGACUCGUGAGCCAUUUGAACAUCGAAUUGGAAAAAGCGAUGCAGGAGGUAUAGGGUUUUUAGAAUGGUUUUCAUUUUCCUCGCUUUCUUUCAUCUGUUACUGUUUCCAGUAUGCAUAGAAACAUUCCCGAAGCUCGCAUCUAUAGCUGUUUGUCGGUCGAGUCCGUGAUGAAGAUGUGGCAUGAAGUACUUACUUCUUAGUUGCGAAAAAAACGAAAUCAACCUCCCACCAGGUCCGCAAACAGGAGCAGAGCCAACAAGCCGCCACCACCUCUCUUGCCCGGGUCGAGCAGUUGGAGAUCGAACUGAAGGACAAAAUCUUCAACUUCGACAGAUUGGAGAAGGAAAACAGCGCCCUCGUCGAGCAGAACACGUCCAUGACGCAGAACAUGGAUGCGCUGGCCUUGAAAUUCGAAGAAUUGCAGCGGGAGAACGAGAGUUUGACGCAGGAAAAGCUCGCGAUGAACCAGCAGAGCAUACCGAUGGAAACGUCGCAGAUUUCGGAAGCCUCCUCGGUGCAGGACCUGACGCAGGAGAAGGACAAAUUAAUGGACACGCUCACAAGGAUAACAACCGAACUUGCCGAGAAGGAAAACGUGAUCGCCAAGCAGGAAAGUGAUGGGAAAUUGGCGGAAGAGGUACGAGGUUUGGUGAUUGUGUUUGAUGAAAAAGAAUGAGGUUGUCUUUAUGUUUUGUUUCACAUUUCCUUGCUUGCCCUUCCAACCCCAAGUCGCGAUUGAAAUUGCUACAUGACAAAAACACUUCAAACAUCAUUCCAUGCCUUAGGCCCUCGCCCUGAAAACCGCGGAAGUCGACAAGCUCAAAUCGGAGCAAGACGCGUCGAAGCAGGCGUUUGACCUCGAGUUGGACGCCUUGCGAGAGACGAACGGCCUACUGGAAACCCGGAUCGAGCAGCUGCGGCAGGAUUUGGAAAAGGAACACAAGCAGGCACAAGAGGUGAUAAGUGUCGCUGCCGUGAAUGCGAACGCAUCUAGCACUACAGGUGGUACGGUGAAUGCAGUCGAGGUUCCGGUUGAAGUCGAACCAGUGAAGAACAUGGCCGGUGCAGAUGCAAAAGAUCCAUGGGCCGAUGUGGAGGACGAUGACGGGUGGGAUUUCGGGGACGAUUCCCCGAAGGAGCAAGCACCGAAAAAAACACUUGAAGGCUCAGUUCCGACUGCCGCAGCUGUGGUGCAGCCCCCUGAUCAAACGGAAGAGGUGGAAUCUUUAUCCCAAGCUUCCGCUUCUGCUGCUCUACUCCAGCAGAAUCACGACAAGCUAGCGAAGCAGGUUGACGAACUUGUCGCAGAAAAGACUGAGCUCUUGGCGCAGCAGGCGACGCUUUCUUCCCAGCUUGAACAGCUAAAGGACGAGAGGGGAGAGAUUUUCCAAGAAAAAGAAAGGAUAACUGAAGAGAAUAUCGAGUUUAACAACAAGCUGUCCACGCUCGAAAUGACGGUGCGCGAACAGCAAGAGAAACUUCGCCUGUUGCAAGAAGAGAAAUCUUCGUCAUUACAAGCGGGACCACCACCAGCCGCUGCAGCAAGCCCCGAGACAAGCACAAGCACUACGUCCGCACCUCCUGCUCCAGAACCGAAAAGCGCUACAGUGCCCGAACCUGCACUAGAAGUAGAUGAUGACGGUUGGGAUUUCGAUGACGAGUCACCAGCGAAGACUGGCUCAGCAGGAGGAGAGCUACUACCCCAAGAGGGGGCUCCUGCUGUUCCUGUUGCACCAGCAGUGGCAACUACAAGCUCAGCAUCCUCCAAGGUACCGCAAGACCCUCUUUCCGUUUCAGUUGAAUCCCGGCAGCCGUCGAAGAUCCGGUUAUCAGAGGACUCCACGCUCGACUGGAACGAGAAGGCGCCUACACCCGCGAAAUUAGAGGCGAAAUUGAGAGAGACGGAAAUGCGGUAUGAGGAAUUGCGGGGAAAAUUCUCGGACUGUGAGAAGGAGUUUUUGGAGAGUUCUUCUCAGAAAGAUAAGCUCCUCGCGGAGAAGACGGAAGAGGUAUUGGAGAAGGAGCAGGAGCUGCGGAAAUUGGAAAAAUUAUUGCUAGAACAAAAGGAAGAACAAGUGGCUAGCGAGAGGGCAAAUCAGGCCAAGGCGAGCGAGGAGCGUGCAGCCGCUGUCGCGGAGAAUUGUGCAGAGUUGGAGAAAAGAUUCGCAAGCGAAAAGGACAAAUUGCUAGACGAGAAAAAUUUGGAAAUUUCGGCGAAAAUCGAAGAAGCGAAAGUCCUGAACAGUCUGCUACAGGAGAAGGAGGAGCAGUUGGCUGUUCUGGCGAGCAAGCAGGAUGCGAACGCCGCGGAGCAGCAGACUGCGCUUGCUGCCUCCACUGCGGAACUCGGGGCGAAAACGGAGGAGGCGAAGGAACUAGCGGCUUUGCUGAAAGAAAAGGAGGAGGCGCUAGCACUCGCACAGAUGCAAGUCGCUGACGCAGCGACUGCGAAUGGCGCAAGUCUUGCGGAGAAAGACGCUGAGAUCGCAGAGAAGGACAGUGUAUCAAAUGUAAAAAUGUCUGGGUCUGGAAACUUGUGAUGCUGGGUGGCGUCUCAUGAUGAGGCCACAAAUGCUGGCGCAGCAUCACAAGUUUCUGAGCUUCUAGGUGUUGCCUAUUCUGCAUGACAAACUGCGUUUCUGCAUCACAGAAAAGCGAAGCUCUUGGGUAACGUGCGUGACAGAUUUAAGAGUCAUGCCAGACAAGCAUGACAAACGUGCAUUCUUCCAGACCCAGACAUUUUUACAUUUGAUACACUGAGAUCGCGGAGAAAAUCGAAACGAUGAAGCAACUCUCGGAGCAGCUGCAGACGCUGGGAGAGGAGCUAACAACGGCGAAAAAACAAGUGGAAGCGUUCGCUGCGGAAAAACAGUCCGCUUCUGCGGAAAAGGACGAAGAAUUGACGCAGAGAAUCGAGGAGGCGAAGCAGCUUUCGCAACUGCUGCAGGAGAAGGAGGAGGAACUUGCAAUGGCCAGCAUGCAAGCGGACGACAGCGAGGCGGUGCGGGAGAAUUUGCGUGAAAAGGAACAAGAGCUGGCAAAGAAAACUGAAGAGGCGAGUGAGCUUUCUGUACUGCUAGCAGCGAAAUCGGAAGAGUUGGAAAAACAAAGUGAAGCCGCAGCUGCGAAAUUGCAGGAAGCAGUACUGGCGAAGAGCGAAACUAUCGCAAAACUCGAAGAAGACGCAAAACAAUCGGCAGCGCUCGUAGAGCAAAAACAGGAAGAGCUUGAGGCGGUGCGCGCGCAGCUCGAACAACAGAAAAACGGCGCGUCAACGGAACAGCAAGCGUUGGUGGUAGAGAAAGAAGCAGAAAUUGCGGAAAGAAAGGAAGAAGCGAAGCACCUCUCGGCACUGCUGCAGGAAAAGGAAAAGGAAGUGUUGAAGCUGCAACAGGACAAAGCGUCAUCUGCAGAGCAACACGAAGCUGUUUUGCUCCAAAAAGACGAAGAAAUCCAGACAAAAACCGAGGAAGCGAAGUACUUGUCGACGCAGUUGCAAGAGCUAGAAUCAGAGAAGGAAAGAGCGCUCGCCGAUCUGAAACAGGACCUGUCUGACAAAGAGCAGACAAUUCACCUGUUGUCGUCGGAGCUCGAAGUCUCGCGCAGAACCGCAGCCACUUUGGUUCUUGAGCAGGAACUACCCCCAGAAGUGGACCCGCAGAAUACUACCACAGCUCCCAUUUCCAUCCCAGCGCCAGCAGCACACGAAACGUCAGCACCCGCUCCCGCACCGAACGACAUUGAAAGCGAACUGUUUCAAGACGACGACAUAUUUGUUGAUGAAGGCACAACUGCAGCUGCUGCCCCGGCCGUUCCCUCAGCGACUUCCACGACAACACUUUUCACCCCCGUUGCCCCACCCCCGAAAACUUCAUCCGCGAAUCAAGAUAUCGCCGCAGCGCAAAGAACCCUUGUAGCGGAAGAAGAGCUGCAGGCUCUUCAGGAAAAAAGCGAAAAGCAAAAGAACGAGUUGGAAAAACUUAAUUCCGAACUCUCCUUCCUCCAACAGCAGCUGGAUCCCCUAACCCAGCAGAACGCGAGCCUAACCGAACAGAACGCGAGCCUAAGCGAGGAAAACGCGAAUCUGACCGAAAAAAACGCGAUUUUGAGCAAAGACCUAGAAAAGCAAAGCUCCGAAAUCGAGGAUUUGAAGCAAGCGAAGAGCAACAUUCUGAUCGACAAUGACGUCUUUGUCCGCGAGACCGCUACGAAGGAAGCGAAAUUUCUGGAACUCCUGAGGGACAAGGAGGAAAACGAGUCGAGCAUGCUGCAGCAGAUUCAGCAGCUGACGGAAAGGAACACAGGAAAGGAGCAGGAAAUCGCGGAGAUAAUGUUGCGGCAAAACGAGCUCGAGACGAAAGUGAAAGAAAUUGAAGCAGAAUUGGGGAAAACGGAAGAAGAAAAGGAAAGCUUGCGGAUGCGGAUGGAAGAAGCCGAAAGCGAGCGAGCGAAUUUAGCUCUUGCGGCGGUCGUGCAGCAGGAGCCAUCUUCAAACGCGCGGCCUUCUGCAGAAACGGAAGCUGCAAGAACGUCAGCAGUGGUGGAAAAGGCGGAGCCAUCGUCCGCACUCGAGAAGCAGGCUGGAGAGGAGGAUCCAUGGGCGGACGACGACGGUAUGUGGGGAGAUGACGACCAGAAUGCUGGGGCUACAACUGAGGUACUCCUCACAGCUGCACCCCCCGCUCCUCCAGCAGCGUCCGAUACUUCGGUGCCCGAGGGACAAGAUGGGGAGGUCCACGCCAGACAGGAAGUUCCCACGACAUCAAGCGAUGACCGACGUCUUGCGGAACAAGAACAGACGAUCCAAAACCUCGGUCGCUGGUGUCUCUCGGACCAGGAAAAAACGAUCCUAGAAAUGAGGAAAGAGAUCGAGACAAAAGAGCAAAAUGCAGAAAAGACGCUGAGCGAAAUGGACAACGUAAAGGAAGAACUAGAGCUGAAAAUAGCUGGAUUGGACACGGAAGUUUCUGACUUGAAACAACAGCUGCAACUCGCGGAGGAAGCGAAACUAGCAGCGGAAGAGCAGCUUUCCUCCGCUUUGCUCGUCGCGCGACAGAAAAGCGAAAACGAACAGCAGGAGCACGAGGAGAAUCUCGAAAAAGAUCGUGCGGUUUCCAAACAGCUCGAAGUUGACAUGGAGAAGUUAUGUCAGGAAAAAACAGAACUCGAACAGUCCUUCAAGCAACAAAUCAACGACCUCGAGGAUCAGAUCGCGGAGCUGCAGACGCGCCAUUUAACUGAGCAGAUGGAGUGGAAGGGAAAACUGCAGGAGGAAAAAGAAGCCGCGGUUUCGCAAGCAGAAAAGGCGGCUCUGGACCGCUUCCAGGGAGAAGCGAGUGUGAAAGAUAAAGAGCUUUCUUCCCUCCGGGAAAUCAACGCGGAAAGAGAUGAACAAAUUGUUUCGUUGGAAAAACAUUUGCAGACCGCGAUGGAAAAGCUGGAAAACGCGAGCGAAACUAUGGAAGGGAAAACCUUUGAGCUCCGUCAACAGUUGGAAUCUGCGGAACAAGUGAAAAGCCAGCUGGAGCAAGAUUUGGCGAGGGCAAAAGAGGAGCAGCAGAAGUUCAUUCUUGCCAAAAACGAGGAAUUUGCUGCCAGAGAGCGAGAAUUGCAGGAAAACUCGGAUCUGCAAACCCUGCAGAACGCGAAACAGGCCUUGCAGCUGCAACUCGACGCCGCGACGACGCGCUCGCAGGAGUUCGCGGAGAAAUGCCAGAUGGAGCUCGGGAGCUACCGGGAGAAGUUGCUCUUUUUGGAGAAGGAAAAGCAGGAUCUUUCGGAUAAGGUUCUGCGACUGAACAAGAAUUUGUUAGAAGUGAACAGCGAAAACGACGCCUUGGUCGCGGAUAUGGAGGAAAAGGAGGAAAAACUGAUGCAGUACGAGAUGCAGCAACCGAUGCCGCAGCAGCAAUUCCACGCGGCGGCAAAUGGACACCACCACUACGGCAAUACUAUGUUGCACCACACCCGGCCCCAGAAGCAGUCCAUCCGCAUUCACCACCUACAGGAGGAGAACAGCUUGCUGAAGCACGACGUCGAGUCCUGGAAGGAGCGAGAACAAACUGCGUGCGCCAAAAUCGAAGAGAUCAUCGCGGAUGGAGAAAGGCUCUGGUACGAGUGGGAGCAGGAGAAGCAGGUCCUGGUUGCGGAGAACCUUGAAACGCAGAAGAACGCGAAACUCUACAUCAAACAGUCACGAGAAGCUUAUCUCCGGUUGAAGAAGGAGGGGUCCGAGUAUUGCGCUGGGCUGGAAAAGCAGCUCGCUUUGCUGCAGCAAAAGGUGGACAGCAAGGGGAAUCCGGUGACGAGAGACCCGCUGGACACCGCGCGGACGGACGGCUUCAACAACGGAGCGAGCCCCGUUUCCCACAUUCAUGAGACCAAUAGUCCGCAGGGAAGUGGCACCAGAGCGGGCAGCUUUGCGGAGAUUGCGAACUUUCUGGAAAACGACGUCGGCCCGCCGCCCAUCGGCAGCUCCAAGGAAAGCAAUACAGCGAAGGAGCAGAUACGCCUUUUGGAUUUGGAAGUGCAAAAGUACAAGGAGAAGUGCGCUCUGCUGGAACAGCAGCUCAGUGAGGUGGGGAGAAGGAUAGCAAGCAGCGAUAAGAAGUCCUUUUCCGGCUCGCCCGAUCUCGUCGGUGUGGAUUUGCAAAUGCCGACGAGUGCGGAGAAACAGGCCGGGAUGAACAAUGUCAAGCGCGCAAGUCAGAUGACGAAGAUCGUCGACGCCCUUGGCGAGUCGGUAAGGACGACAAAUCUGCACGGGACGCCGCAGGUCGGAGUCAACAACGACUCGCCGGAACUCCUGCCGCAGCAUCCUAUGGGCACUCCUCUGAUCAAGGAAGAUGAGGAGGGCUGGGAUUGGGAAGACGACGAUGUUGAUCCUCUGGGCGGAAACAAGACUUCUACAACCGGUGCGGAACAAGAGCAAAAAAAGAAUGCACCGCCGGAAGCAAAUACAAAUAUCAACAAACCUGCUGCAGAAGCUGCGUCCAAGCACCUUUUCGCCGGCCCAAAUCCUUCAGCAACUCCAACCGAGCAGGAAACCGUGAUCAAAAACCUCCAAAAAGAGCGAUCGGAGCUGCAGUCGGAACUGCAGCAGACAGUCGACGAGAAGUUGCAAUUAGAGCAGUUGGUCACGUCCCUCCAAAACGAAAAGUCCGAACUCCAGCUGCUGACGCAGAAGGACAAAAUCCAGCUGUCCGCUGCGGUUUCCGGAACGAUGCGGAAGUUCUCGAAUUCCUUGAUGCCCUCCAUUACGGAAGACGAAAUCGAUCAAACGCAGGAUGUCCAGGUUUUGCAGCAGGAAGUGAAGCGGUUGAACGCGAAGCUGCACUUUUUGGCGAACGCCGCGAGCCAGCAGUUGACCGAUCGAGGAGACCAGGAAUCCGACAUUGCGGAGCUCGAGGCGCAGCGGAAUCUCGAAAUCGCCGACGACCAGCUAGUCCCGCCCUCCGGAUCCGCGGCGUCCGGCGCGGGUGGCGACAUGAUGAACCGCAGCUUGAGUGCGAAUUUGUUGAAUGGCGAAGGAGGUAUUGGCCACAUGUCGCCUGGAAAGAAGGGCGCUAUGUCGGCGGUGUCCGUUUCCUCCGCCGAUUCCAUGGCGGUUUGCCACCAGGCAAACACAGUUCUCGACAGCGAGUUUGGCGGAAAUCUCUCGGACAUUGUUUUGAAUAAGUCCGGCACAACUUCGCUCCACGGUGGAAAUAACGAGAACAAGGGCGGUGGAGGAGGGGACAACACGACGUCGCACAAGGGCGCUUUCGCAACCGCUGUGAGCAAAUUAUCCCCGCGGUCCGAGCAACUAAUUGCCAAUAAAGGAGGAGCAUCUUCCGCUUCCCGUCGUCGAGAUUUGGAUGUGCAGAGUGACAUGGACAAUAUCAUCUCAGCUGCGCGGUCCCGGACGGGGAGUAGAAAAGCGAAUAGUAAGAACGGAAAUGGGCUCCAGCUCGACGUUGAAGAUCCGAACGACACAAGCGGGAUCAAUAACUUGCCCGAAAAUGACGUUGACAAUAUGAACGAGAUGAAUGUCUCCGAAGCGGACUGCGACGCCGACUCCGUCGCGAUCGGCACAGUUUCCUCGGCGAGUAGACCCCGACUCGUCCCGUCGAGUUGCGACGUGCCCCCCGCGGGCUUGCUGGGCAACGGCGCGGGGAGCAGUGCGGUCCCCGGGACGGAGGGGGAACGGGACGAUGGGGAGCAAGACGAUCUGGAGCAGUUGUUGCAGCAGGAGUUGUCGAAUGAGAUGAAUCUAAAUUUGAACCCGGAACAGGCCCAACUUCAAAGACAGCAGAUGGUCGAGCAGAUGCUUUUGCACGGAAUCAACGGGCCACAGAUGAACGACUCCACCGCAAUAAAUGCGAAACAGGAUUUCGACGCGAGCGCGCUCCGGGCCUUCGUUGGCACGAAAAACGCGGCCGGGGGGAAAGGCGGCCACCAGGGCCCGUCGGAAGCGGUGGUGGCUGGGAUUGGGAAGGGCGCGGGGAGGAUCCAGCUGCAAAGUGGCAAUCCGCGGGAGCGGACGAUGACGGAGAUGAGUGUCAAUGGGAAUUACACCGUGGAAGACGACGACGCGAUGUUUAAUGCGACGAAUAAGGCGGGGUCCUCGGCGAGCAUGAACCAGGCCAGUUUGCUGCUGGCAGAAAUGGAGGAGCAGUACAACUUUUUUUCGUGAUUUGCUUAAAUAAUGGCACUGGUAGAUAAUUUUUCGCGACACCACACACAGCGACUCUCUUUCUUCGUUUCAUGUGCAGCCAUAAAAAUAAAAUUUUGAAAUUUCGCGGAUUUUGACGGGAAACAAAAAUAAAACUUUGAAAGUUCGGUAGUGAUUUUUGUAGUUUGGGGCCGUAAAUGUACCUGCCCGUCAUGCUUGUCUUCGGAGGAUUACGUUUACCGCCUUCAUUUUCGUCUCGUCGGGUCGUUCCGUCAGCUCAAUAAAAAUAAAUUUUUGAAAUUUCGCGGAUCGAAGGGACAGACUCCACUGCUUUCGCGCAACGUUUCUUGAAGAUAGGCAUAGGCCGAAGAAGGCAGUUUUUUGCGAAAGAGGGUGACCCUCGUCUAUGAAAUGCAGAGUCCAUCGUCAUCCUUUCGUACUGAAUCUGAAAAAAAAAUCCAAACAGAUUUUCCACCGAGCGCACGGAGCUGCAGCUGAAGAUUGACAAGGCGGAGGCGAAAGUUGAGUCGUUGACCAAGGAGCUCGAGCUUUUGAACGACAAGCUGCUUUCGGAUAAGCACAAAUUCGAGGAGCAAAUCGCCGAGUACGAGGCGAGCAGCACCGCGUCGCAGAUUGAACUGACGAAAAUCAAACAGGAACUGGAACUGGAAAAGAAGCGCAAUAGUACAACGGAGAUGAAUAAGGUACUACCCUCCACCGCAGGAGCUACUUCAGGAGAUAAUAUGAAGGUCGUGCAGCAACUGCAGCAGACACUAGCGAAGGUUACGACCGAGAAGCAGCAAAUCCAAAAGCAGUUCCAGGCGAAGCAGAUAUCGCUUCAAAACGACGUGAAGAAAUUGGAGCAAGAACUGGGGAAGAACUACGAGGGGAAAGAGGGGGAUCGCAUGCAAAAGAUGAUCACCACUUUACGGCAGGAAAGGGACAAAGCACGGGAACUCGCGGAGCAGUUUCACAAGCAACUGCAGAAAUUGACCGGAGUAAAACCGACAAGCGGGGCGGGUGGAGUCGCGACGGGGAAAAAGUAGUGGGUCGGAUAAAAAAAGUUGAAAGUUAAUGUGUCCUUCCGUCGGCAUUUAAAGUUUUGUAUAUUUGUUGGUUACUAUGAAAAUGAAUGUACUUAUGUACUUAGAGGGUGUUGGCAGCUGCAAACAGCUCGAGACUGUCUAGGUCUCCAUGUAUUUAAUUAUGUCGCAAAUCAUCUUCAAGGUCCUCACGGACCGACGAGGACGAACUGUAUAAAGAAAAACCUCUUGCUUUUCCACUAGCGAAACUGCGUCACCAAUUUUUUCGCAGUGAUCGCGGUUCUACUUUUUCAAGAAACAGCUGUGAAAAAAUAGGCCUUGUUGAAUCAAUAACAAAAAAGAUUCGGUAGUUUUCUUGUUCCUUUACAGCGAUAUCAGGAAAUUAAUUUCGUGAAACGACAAAUUUUCCUGAAUCUUCAAUCUAGCGACAAAUUCUAAUAAAUACUUCUCGAAAUAAGCGUAACCCGCACUGUCUGUUGAAAUGGUUCGAGCCUCACAAGAGCAUCAAAUAUGAAAGUCAGCUUCAAUAUCCCUACAAAAACUGAGCCUAAGAAGCUCGCAGACGACGAUUUUUUGUCCGGAAUUCAAAGGAAUUUCGAAUACUAGCUUUGCGCGAAUCAUAAUCUUCGAAACAAAAUUCAUUAAUUCGGCUAAAAAA